AUGUCCCAAAGCCUCCGCCCCUAUUUGCAGUGUGUCCGUGUGAGUCUCACGGCUGCUCUUGCGGUUUCGAAUUUCGCUUCCCAAACCAGCGAGCGCCACAAUGUCCCGGAGGUGGAAGCUGGAAGCUCUCCGGAGCUUAUUCUGAACCCGGUCACAAUUAGCCGAAACGAGCACGAGAAGGUCCUCAUCGAACCUAGUGUCAACUCUGUACGCUUUUCGAUCAGGAUCAAACAGGCGGAUGAGAUCGAACACAUCCUAGUUCACAAGUUCACACGUUUUCUCACACAGCGCGCGGAGUCGUUCUUCAUCCUGCGGAGGAAGCCCAUGCCGGGCUACGACAUCUCAUUUCUGAUAACAAAUGCGCACACCGAGGCCAUGCUGAAGCAUAAACUAGUCGAUUUCGUGAUUCAAUUUAUGGAGGAGGUUGACAAGGAAAUUUCGGAGAUGAAGCUCUUCCUCAAUGCCCGCGCUCGAUUCGUAGCCGAAUCCUUCCUAACUCCGUUUGAUUAA